AUGUUUUCAAGAGACCUAAUUUCUGAAUUCUUCUUCCUGUCAGAACUUUUCAUUGGAUUCCUGGGAAACUCACUGCUCUUCAUGCUAUACAUGUACAGCUUCUUAAUUCAGCCUCGUCUGAAGAAACCCAUAGAUAUGAUUUUCACACAUCUGACGCUUGUCAACGUGCUGAGCAUCGCCUUCCGGCUGCUGCCAGACGUCAUGGCGUCCUUCGCGGUCAAGCUCCUUUUCCAUGACGUUGGAUGCAAGGCAGUUUUGUACGCAUACAGUGUUACCAGGGGCCUUUCCAUCUGCACUACGUCUCUGCUGAGUGUGUUUCAAGCCGUCACUGUCAGUUCUAAUCAUUCCAAGUGGGCGUGGCUUAAGUCCAAGCUUGAGCCCUGCAUUUUUCCCUCACUCCUUCUCAUCUGGAUCAUCAAUGCCUUUCUCUAUAUUCCCAUGCUUGAAAACGUAAAGGGCCAAAUCAACUUCACUGUUGUGGAUUCUAGAUAUUCCCAGACAUACUGCCGAAGCAACCAGGUUCGCCAUCACACCACCUUGUCACUUGUGACUGCGUUAACGAUUAGAGACAUCCUGUUCGUGCUUCUCAUGAUGGGGACCAGCCUCUACAUGGUGACACUCCUGUUCAGACACAAUAGGAGAACCCGGCAUGUCCACAGUUCCAGAGUCUCUUCCCAGGCCUCUUCUGAAAAGAAAGCCACGCACAGCAUCCUCCUGCUGGUGGGUUUCUUCAUGUUUUUCUAUUUCUCAAACACCUUUGUCACCUUCUAUUCACUCCACGGACCUAAGAACAGCCAAGUAUUGGAUGUGAUUAGUGGAGCUUUGUCUUCAGGCUACCCAAUCAUCUGCCCUUAUGUUCUGAUGAACAAUAGGAAAAUCAUUUCCACAUUCAUUUCUUCCCUUUCAAACUUUGAAUGUACCUUUUCUACAAGAGGCUGCCAUGGCUAA